AUGAAGCUCCUCAGUUGGAACUGUCGGGGGCUUGGGAACUCCCGAACAGUUCAAACCCUUGGUUUCUUAAUCAAGGAAAAAGGACCCGAUUUUAUUUUCCUUAUAGAAACAAAGCUUGCGGGAUCUAGAGCUAGAAACAUUGCUUGUAGAUUUAAAUACGAUUGCUGUGUUGUGGUGGAUGCAAUGGGAAGGAGUGGUGGAUUAAUGCUCAUGUGGAAGAAUGAGGUGGAAUAUGAACUGUUAAAUUACUCCAAUCGGCAUAUCAAUGGUUUUGUCUAUAGUGAAGAAACAAAUUCAAAGUGGUUGUUGACCUGUUUUUAUGGGGAUCCGGUGACUAGUUGUAGGAGGGCAUCGUGGCAAAUGUUAAAGUCUUUCAAACCGGCUUCUCGGGGGUGGUGUGCCAUCGGAGACUUUAAUGAAAUUCUGACUAUGGGUGAUAAAGUGGGGGGUAGAGAUAGGGGAGAGGCCCAGAUGCGUAUGUUUAGGGAAGUGGUUGAAGAAGGACAACUUUUUGACCUUGGAUGGAAGGGCUUAAAGUACACAUGGUGUAAUCGUCACGAAGACUCUACAUUCACUAAAGAGAGAAUCGAUAGAGCUUUUGCUAAUAGAGGAUGGAAAUCAGUUUAUUCAGAGUCAUAUGUGGAUGUUCUCCCAGCGAUAUGUUCUGACCACUGCCCGUUACUACUCUCUUUUCAUUAUAACAGGGCAAGGGAGGGUUGGUCUCCUUUUCAGUUCAAGUAUGAUGUAAGCUGGAGCAAGGAGAAGGGUUGCAAGGAGUUAGUAGCAGCUCAAUGGCAGAAAGUAACAGGGGAAAGGGGUAAAAUCCAGAAUGCACAACACAAAUUAGAGGACUGCAGCCUGAAGUUGAAAUAG